AUGAAGUUCUCAACUGCUGCCGCUCUUCUGAUGCCCGCCGCUGCCAUGGCGGCGGAUUUCAGCGCCAAGAUUGUGGGCGGAACCAAGGCCGACGAGGGCGAGUUCCCCUACAUUGUCAGUCUGUCGCUUGCAGAGACCCGAUCUCACUUCUGCGGUGGUGUCUUGCUCGAUUCCAAGACCGUGCUCACUGCUGCCCAUUGUUCUGUCGACUACCCGGCGAACCAGGUCCGCGUCCGUGCCGGAUCCAACCUUUGGGCUUCCGGCGGCAAGCAGGUUAACGUUGCUUCCAUCAAGGUUCAUCCCAAGUAUGACGAGGACACCCUGAAUAACGACAUUGCCAUCUGGUCUUUGGCACGCCCCAUCCGCCAGGACGAGAACAUCAAGUACAUUUCUCUCCCCAAGGCCGGAUCCGACCCCGCAGCAAACACCACCGUUACUGUUGCCGGCUGGGGUCUGCUCGACUCUAGCGCCGAGGACAUCCCCAGGGAUCUGCGAAAGGUCUCCGUCCCCGUCAUCUCGCGCGCCAAGUGCAACGCCUCGUACAACCGCAACGACACCCAGAUCACCCAGCAGAUGUUCUGCGCCGGAUCGACUGGCAAGGAUUCCUGCCAGGGUGACAGCGGCGGCCCUGUCGUCGAUGUCGCCUCCAGCACCCUCCUCGGACUGGUGUCGUGGGGUUUCGACUGCGCCCUGCCCGAAUACCCCGGUGUGUACACCAAUGUCGGCCAGUUCAUUGACUUCAUCCGAAGCGAGGGCAACAAGACUGCCAACCCUCACCACAACUACCCAUACUGGGUAUAA